CUAAAGCUUUGCAGAGGCGUGAUUCGAAGUAACGAAAAUGGCAAAAAUUAUUACUGUUUUUGGAGCUACUGGAGGGCAAGGUGGAGGAGUAGUUUUUGCGCUGCUCAAAGCAAUUUCUAGAGGAGAACCCUACGCUAUCCGCGCCGUGACGAGGAAGCCAGAUGGAGAAAAGGCUAAACAACUGAAGAUUCAAGGCUGUGAGGUUGUGGUAUGUGAUAUGGACAACAAAGGAUCCGUGGAACAGGCAAUCAAAGGCUCCUACGGAGUUUUCCUGGUGACAAACUACUGGGAACAUUUUAGUAUGGAGAAAGAAGUAGAACAAGGUAAACGAGUCAUCGACGUGUGCGAAGCGCUUGGAGUGAAGCAUUUGAUUUACAGUGGGUUGGAAAAUGUGAAGAAAGCGAUUGGAAUUGAGUGUGCUCACUUUGAUGGUAAAGGCAUGGUUGAAGAAUACCUCCACACAAAAAAGCUCAAAGAACGCUUGCCUUUUACCAUAGUACGCUUCCCGUUCUAUUACAACAACCUGGUAUCGUUAUUUACACCUCGGAAAAAGGACGAUGGUACUUUACUAUACGAUAUUCCGAUGGAAGGUGUUGCCAUGGAUGGAAUAGACGUCACACAAGGCGGAGAAUGUGUCUAUGGCAUUUUGGAGAGCCCAGACUGUUACCGUUUCAAAACCAUUGGUCUGAGUGGAGACAAGAUUACAAUCCAGCAAUAUUGUGAGACACUGACCAAACAUUUAAAGGAAAAAGGCUUAAAAUUUGAGGACUCAAAGAUUACGUUAGAUGAGUACAGAGCUCAGCCUGACAAUCCUGCCGCUAUUGAACUUGGAAACAUGUUUGAGUUCUAUAAACGAGGAAACCCAGACCGUGACAUAAGAUUGACUAAGAAGCUGAAUGAAGAAACUCAGAGGUUUGACGUGUGGGUUAGAGAAAAUAAAGCCAUGCUGGAGGAGGCUUUCUCCAAGAAACAGUGAAUCAGAAUGAUAGGACAGAUGAAAUCUGACAUGUUCCUUACAACCAGUCACACUCGCACAGUAAUAGGCACUCCCUUCUGUCAGGUCAUUUAGACUUAACGUAAACGGGAAAUGCAUACGAAGGAUAACCCAACUUAUUCACUUAAAUCCUGGAAAUGUCCUUCGCCAGCCGUUUGAAUUUUAUUGAUUAGCUUGUAGCAUUGCUAACAAUAAUUACCAUCACCAAUAUCUAUACCUAGUCUUUAAAUAAAGGAUACGCAUUUUAAAGUA